GUCCCGCCGGCCACCAUGAGCGAGGACAGCCGCGGGGACGGGCGCGCCGAGAGCGCCAAGGACCUGGAGAAACAGCUUCGCCUGCGUGUGUGCGUGCUCAGCGAGCUCCAGAAGACCGAGCGGGACUAUGUGGGCACGCUGGAGUUCCUGGUGUCGGCAUUCUUGCACCGAAUGAACCAGUGUGCAGCAUCAAAAGUUGACAAAAAUGUAACAGAGGAAACAGUGAAGAUGUUGUUCUCAAACAUUGAAGAUAUCCUUGCAGUACAUAAAGAAUUCUUAAAAGUUGUGGAAGAAUGCUUACAUCCUGAACCUAAUGCUCAACACGAAGUGGGAACCUGCUUUCUUCACUUUAAAGACAAGUUUCGUAUCUAUGAUGAAUAUUGUAGUAACCAUGAGAAGGCACAAAAAUUGCUUCUUGAACUAAACAAAAUAAGAACAAUCCGGACGUUUCUUUUGAACUGCAUGCUGCUUGGAGGACGGAAGAACACAGAUGUCCCCUUGGAAGGCUAUUUAGUAACACCGAUACAAAGAAUAUGCAAGUACCCUCUCAUCUUGAAGGAAUUGUUGAAGCGGACUCCACGGAAACACAGUGACUAUGCAGCAGUGAUGGAAGCUCUCCAAGCCAUGAAAGCCGUCUGUUCCAACAUCAACGAGGCCAAGAGACAGAUGGAGAAAUUAGAAGUUUUGGAAGAAUGGCAGUCGCACAUUGAAGGCUGGGAGGGGUCCAGCAUUACUGACACCUGCACUGAAAUGCUGAUGUGUGGCGUCUUACUGAAAAUUUCUUCUGGAAAUAUUCAAGAACGAGUGUUUUUUCUUUUCGAUAAUCUUCUGGUGUACUGCAAAAGGAAACACAGACGGUUGAAGAAUAGCAAGGCAUCCACAGAUGGGCAUCGGUACCUUUUUCGUGGCCGGAUCAAUACAGAGGUGAUGGAAGUGGAGAAUGUGGACGAUGGCACGGCUGAUUUCCAUAGCAGUGGACACAUUGUUGUUAAUGGAUGGAAGAUACACAACACAGCAAAGAAUAAAUGGUUUGUGUGUAUGGCAAAAACACCGGAAGAGAAGCAUGAAUGGUUUGAAGCUAUUUUGAAAGAAAGAGAACGGCGAAAAGGUUUAAAAUUAGGAAUGGAGCAAGACACUUGGGUAAUGAUCUCUGAACAGGGUGAGAAACUUUACAAAAUGAUGUGCAAACAAGGAAAUCUGAUCAAAGACAGAAAAAGAAAACUGACUACGUUCCCUAAAUGCUUUCUUGGAAGUGAAUUUGUGGCAUGGCUGUUGGAAAUUGGAGAGAUUCACAGGCCUGAGGAAGGUGUUCACUUGGGACAAGCAUUAUUAGAAAAUGGAAUUAUCCAUCAUGUUACUGACAAACACCAAUUCAAACCAGAACAGAUGUUAUAUCGGUUUCGCUAUGAUGAUGGAACAUUUUAUCCAAGAAAUGAAAUGCAGGAUGUAAUUUCAAAGGGUGUAAGAUUAUAUUGCCGUCUUCAUAGUCUGUUUACUCCAGUGAUAAGAGAUAAAGAUUACCAUUUAAGAACCUACAAAUCUGUGGUCAUGGCCAACAAACUGAUAGACUGGUUAAUUGCACAGGGGGAUUGCCGCACCAGAGAAGAGGCAAUGAUACUUGGUGUUGGACUCUGUGACAAUGGAUUUAUGCACCAUGUCCUUGAAAAAAGUGAAUUCAAAGAUGAACCCCUACUUUUUCGUUUUUUUGCGGAUGAAGAAAUGGAAGGGUCAAAUAUGAAACAUCGACUUAUGAAACACGAUUUAAAAGUUGUGGAAAAUGUUAUAGCUAAAUCGUUAUUGAUUAAAUCUAAUGAAGGCAGCUAUGGAUUCGGGCUAGAAGACAAAAAUAAAGUUCCAAUAAUAAAGUUGGUAGAAAAGGGGUCUAAUGCAGAGAUGGCUGGCAUGGAAGUUGGGAAAAAGAUUUUUGCUAUUAAUGGCGACCUGGUUUUUAUGAGACCUUUCAAUGAAGUGGAUUGCUUCCUGAAAUCAUGCUUAAAUAGCAGAAAGCCUCUAAGAGUUCUUGUGAGCACCAAGCCAAGGGAGACAGUGAAAAUCCCAGAUUCAGUGGAUGGUCUGGGAUUCCAGAUCCGAGGAUUUGGCCCAUCUGUUGUGCAUGCAGUUGGAAGAGGAACUGUGGCUGCAGCAGCUGGCCUUCACCCUGGACAGUGUAUUAUCAAAGUAAAUGGAAUCAAUGUCAGCAAAGAGACACAUGCCAGUGUCAUUGCACACGUUACCGCCUGCAGGAAAUACAGGCGACCUACGAAGCAAGAUUCCAUACAAUGGGUUUAUAAUAGCGUUGAGAGCGCUCAAGAGGAUCUUCAAAAAUCUAACUCCAAACCCCCUGGAGAUGAAGCAGGGGAUUCUUUUGACUGCAAAGUAGAAGAGGUAAUCGACAAGUUCAACACCAUGGCCAUCAUUGACGGGAAAAAGGAGCAUGUGAGCCUGACGGUGGAUAACGUCCACCUGGAGUACGGGGUGGUGUACGAGUAUGACAGCACAGCUGGGAUAAAGUGCAAUGUGGUGGAGAAGAUGAUCGAGCCCAAAGGCUUCUUCAGCCUGACUGCCAAGAUUCUUGAAGCCCUGGCUAAAAGUGAUGAUCAUUUUGUACAAAACUGUGCCAGCCUUAAUUCUCUAAAUGAAGUGAUCCCUACUGAUCUCCAGAGUAAAUUCAGUGCUGUUUGCAGUGAAAGAAUUGAGCACAUAUGUCAGAGAAUAUCCAGUUAUAAAAAGUUUUCUCGUGUACUGAAGAAUAGAGCCUGGCCCACUUUUAAACAGGCCAAAUCUAAAAUCUCCCCUCUACACAGCAGUGAUUUCUGCCCUACCAAUUGCCAUGUCAAUGUGAUGGAAGUUUCUUAUCCCAAAACAUCAACCUCCCUGGGGAGUGCAUUUGGUGUUCAGUUGGACAGUAGGAAGCAUAAUUCUCAUGACAAAGAAAAUAAAUCUUCUGAGCAAGGGAAACUGAGUCCUAUGGUGUACAUUCAGCAUACAAUUACAACCAUGGCGGCCCCUUCAGGUUUGUCACUGGGACAGCAAGAUGGUCAUGGGCUCAGAUAUUUGUUAAAAGAAGAAGAUUUAGAAACCCAAGAUAUCUAUCAGAAACUGCUGGGGAAACUCCAGACUGCACUGAAAGAGGUGGAGAUGUGUGUUUGUCAAAUCGAUGAGUAA